AUCGUUCAAAUUAACUGCUAUCCAGCCAACUCGAUACAAGAAUAUUGCUUCAUCUGCUGCAACCAUGUCCCGAUCUCUUCCUCCUCCUCCAGGGAUAUACGUCCCCGCUGUUCUAUUUUUCAAAGAGGACGAAGAGCUCGACAUACCCGCGAUCAAAGCGCAUGUCCUUCGCCUAGCCCAGGGAGGAAUCACCGGGAUCCUCGUCCAGGGUUCCAACGGCGAGGCCCAACACCUCUCGCAUGAUGAGCGAAAGCAAGCCAUCAGCCUCACCCGCCAGACCCUUGACGAGAACGGCUUCCAAAAUACCUUGGUCAUUGCCGGCACGGGCACGCAGUCGACGAGAGAGACUAAGAAACUCAACGUCGAUGCUAAGGAAGCAGGUGCUAGCCACGCACUCAUAUUGACGCCCUCCACCUGGAGGCCGGCGAUGACGAAGGACCUUAUCCUUCGCUUCCACCGUGAGGUCGCAGAUGCUUCCCCAAUCCCAACGAUGAUCUACAACUUCUCCGUCGUCACUGCUGGAAUCGACCUCGACUCGAACACCAUCGCCACUCUAGGCGAGCACCCCAACAUCGUCGGGACGAAGCUCUCCUGCGGCCACCUCGGCAAGCUCACGCGCCUCGUCACAACAUAUCCCACGAGCGAGUUUGCGACCUUCAUCGGCCGCUCUGACUCUUUCCUCCCAUCGAUCGCCAUGAAAUCCGCAGGCGGCAUCAUGGCCCUCGUGAAUAUCGCACCCAAGGCUCACCGUCACUUGUGGGACUUGUGGGACGCCGGCAAGGUGGAUGAAGCUCGCAACAUCCAACGCGUGCUGAGCCACUGCGACGGCAUUGUGAGCAGGCUUGGAGGUAUAGGAUUCCUCAAGGCCUUCAUAUCUCACCACUUUGGAUAUGGAGGGUCAACAGUGAGGGGGCCAUUGGCAGCAUCCUCGGUGGAUAGACUGACGGGACGCGAUGGUGAUUAUAUGGAGGAGUUGAUACAGUUGGAAAAGGGCCUGUAA